GGGGCUGUAGAGCACGGGAUGAUAAAUGGAUGUGUGCCGUUCUCUCAUCAGGUGGCGGGACAUAAAUGCGGGAUCAAUAACACUGGUGUUCUGCAGCAUCCUGAUGGCACAAUACUCAAACAGCUACAACCUCCUCCGAGAGGCCCACGAGAGAUGUUAUUCUACAAGCAGGUAUACGCUAAAGACUGCACAGAUAAGAGGCUAAUGGACCUGCAACAACAUCUACCAAAGUUCUAUGGCACAUGGGCACCAAGGGAGUCGCCGCACGAACAGUAUCUGAAGCUGGAGGAUGUGACACAGAGGUUUUUACAGCCCUGCAUCAUGGACGUAAAGAUCGGCAGGAGAAGUUACGACCCUUUUGCAUCACAAGACAAACGUGAACAGCAGAUUGGGAAGUAUCCUCUAAUGGAAGAGAUCGGCUUCCUGCUACUGGGCAUGAGGGUGUACCAGAUCAACUCAGACAGUUACAUCACCCAUGACCAGUCAUAUGGACGCAGUCUUGGAAAGGACACCGUUAAAAAUGGCUUGACUAGAUUCUUCCAUAAUGGUCAAUGCUUAAGGAAGGAUGCAAUUUCCCACAAUGUCUUUAAAAUACGACAAAUUCUCCACUGGUUUGAGAGCCAAACACAGCUGCAUUUCUACGCCAGCUCUCUGCUGUUGAUGUAUGAAGGCUCACCUCACACAGUCAAUGGAAUGAUGCACAAGAGAGCUGAGACUGGAAGACAACUUCUACAGUCCAAUGGUCACUUCCCACAUGAGACUCAGAAGAGUGUUCAGUGCAGUUUAACCCAAGUGGGCAGGAAAUGCAUUCAAUCAAACUGCAGUGAUCUUCCCCACAACCUCCAGCAUGACAGGACCGUAAACGGAAUGUAUGGAGGAAGUGUAGAGGAGGAAGAUGAGGAAAUUGGAAUAGAUUAUAAGGAAGAAAAUGCAGGGGAUGUGAAAAUGAUCGAUUUUGCUCAUGUGUUUCCUAGCGACAGUGCAGAUGAGGGCUACAUUUAUGGACUAAGGAACCUCCUUGCAACCUUAGAACAGAUACUAAAGGAAUGAGAUCAGUGACAUCUCUUUCUCUCUCACUCUGUCUGUUCCGAUGUGUUCAGCCCAGCCAAUAUUUUAGGCAUUAACCUGUUCAGACCUGAAAUGUGUUCCAGGGACACAUAAGCAUGGCUAUGUUUCAUUUCUACUCUAAAUGCAGCCAUAUGACAAUCAAUUUUUUCAGUUUUAAUAGUUAUUCCAAUAUUCUUCUUCCCUUUGCAAAACUGGGUCUGAAGGGGAUAAUCAGGUUAAAUGUUUUUUAAUUGUUCUUAAAGGAAUAGUUUAUCCCAAAAUGAAAAUUCUCUCAUCGUUUUCUCAUCAUUCAAGAUGUGUAUGACUUUCUUCUGCAGAAAACAAAAAAGUAUUUAAAAAAAAAAAUAUUUUAGCUCUGUAGGUCCAAACCAUGCAAGUGAAUGGUGACAAGAACUUUGAAGCUGUGUUAAAGUAAUCAAAGGCAGUGUUAAAGUAAUCAAAAUGACUCCAGAUCUUCAGAAGCGAUAUGGUAAGUGUGGGUGAGAAACAUCAAUGCAAGUCCCUUUUUACUAUCAAUCUCCACUUUCUCUUUCCCUUUCUUUUGUACUGGCAGGAAGGAGAAUUUAUAGUAAAAAAGGACUUAAAGGUGGUGAAAGUGAUUUUUAUAAUGGAAAUGUAUACAAAAAAUUUGACUUUUCCCUGAAAGAUAUUUAUGAAAAAGUGUCCUGAAAUAUCUCACAGGUCUCUGUGACAACUCUAGACUCUGUAAACAGCAAUCAAAUAUGCGUGUUCUCAUAGUAUUGUAGUUGCAGCAAAUUAUUAAGGCAUAUUGCCAUUUUUAUGUCAUGUUGCUCAUAACAGUUGUCAGCUGAGGGUGCUUAUUUUUUUUAACAACCGUUUCUGCUUGUGUCGGUCGCAUUUGGUAUCUUUGGAGUGCUGCGUUUUGGAAAGGUGGGGCGUAGCUUAUCCAACAACUCAACUUUAAAUUCUAGAAUGGCUAAAAUCACUUGCAGCAUCUUUAAAUAUUAAUCAUUUUCUCACCCACACCUAUCAAAUGGCUUCUGAAGAUAUAGAUUUAACCACUGGAGUUAUAUGGAUUACUUUUAUACUGCCUUUGUGUGCUUUUUGAAGCUUCAAAGUUCUGGCCGCCAUUCACUUACAUUGUAUUGACCUACAGAGCUGAGAUAUUCUUCUAAAAAUGUAAUUUAAUUUUCUUUGUUUGUGUUAAGUAGAAGAAAGAAAAUGAUGAGAGAAUUUUCUUUUUUGUUAACUAUCCCUUUAAUCCAGUGCAACAUCAUCUCACACACAUACAUGUCUUAAAUUGAACAGGAGAACGUAUUUGGACUUUUAAAGCAGUUUUAUCAGUGCUAUCAGAACACACUUACUAUGCAAGUACUGACUUCUCAUGACUUAACUACUGAUGCAGACAUGAUGUCUGUCUUCUAAAACAGCUAAUAUAAUGCACUUUUGAUUUUAAACUAAAUUCCAAAUGAGAAUUUACCUUAGAUUUAACAAUGAAUUGUGUAAUUCCUGUUUCCAGUGUUCCAACUGUUUGGCUGAGCAAUGGUAGAUGAUGAAGUGUUAGAAACUUGUUUGAAAAAGUAAUUAUUAUGCGAUUCUGUUUAGUGCAACUAGUUGCACAGAAAUACAUUUAUUUAUGCAUAUGUAUUCAUUUUACAUUUAUGCAUUUGGCAGACGCUUUUAUCCAAAGCGACUUACAGUGCAGUUAUUACAGAGACAAUCCCCCCGGAGCAACCUGGAUUUAAGUGCCUUGCUCAAGGGCCCAACAGUGGCAUCUUGGUGGUGCUGGGGCUUGAACCCCUGACCUUCUGGUCAGUAACCCUGAGCCUCAACCACACUGAGCCAACACAGCCAACUUAAUGCUAUAAAAUCCACUCUUGUGUCUUUAAAACAAAAUCUAAUGUUUAAAAAUACUGUUUUUACAAAAAGAAAAAAGAAAGUUUAAAUAAUGCGUGUUUGAAGUAUAGUAAUGGAGGAUUUUGAUGAUAUUCUUAAUGUACCACUGAAUAAAACAGUAUGAGCAACAAGCAGUCACUAUUUUGUCAGCUUUUUGUAACUCUAUAUAACGGGCUGAGUGACAUGGCGAUUGUAUCUGCUUCCUUAUUAAGGAUUUGA